UCGUCAUUUUUUAUCCGUUAGAUUUUAUUUGAAACAGAAAUAAUAUAUAUAAUUAUAAUAGGCUUAUUUAUAAUUGAUAAUAUUUGAAGAAGUUUAGAAAACCUAUACAAACAACAAUGAAUCCAGAGUAUGACUACUUGUUCAAACUUCUUUUAAUUGGUGACUCUGGUGUCGGAAAGUCUUGUCUUCUCCUAAGAUUUGCUGAUGAUACAUAUACGGAAAGUUACAUCAGUACCAUUGGUGUUGAUUUCAAAAUUCGAACCAUUGAACUUGAUGGAAAAACAAUAAAACUUCAAAUUUGGGAUACUGCAGGACAGGAAAGGUUCCGUACAAUCACAUCAAGUUAUUACAGAGGAGCUCAUGGUAUUAUUGUUGUAUAUGAUGUCACUGAUCAGGAGUCAUUCACCAAUGUUAAGCAGUGGCUUCAAGAAAUCGAUCGUUAUGCAAGUGAAAACGUGAACAAGUUACUUGUAGGAAACAAAUGUGAUUUAACAACGAAGAAAGUUGUCGAUUACACAACAGCUAAGGAAUAUGCAGACAGUUUGAAAGUUCCGUUCUUGGAAACGAGCGCUAAAAAUGCGACUAACGUCGAACAAGCGUUCAUGACCAUGGCUGCGGAGAUUAAAAACAGAAUGGGACCAGGAACUGCGACAUCACCAGGUCAAGGCAACAAAGUUGAUAUAACAAGCAAACCAGUUGACCAAAAAGGAGGCGGAUGCUGCUAGAAAAACACUGCAAUUACGUACCUUCAAUUUUUCGUAAAACGAUCGCUUUUCGACUUUGAAAAGCACUACGACAAAUAUUUACUGCAGGAUUCCAAUACCAGAAAAUGAACUGGGUUUUAGCAAAAUGUGUCAUUUAGUUUUCUUUGCCACCUUUUGUGAAGCCUGUACUAUUCCCUCUCUAAUAAAAAUUAGUCAAAAUCGUCUUUGAUUUUUAUUCCAGCUUUCUCAAAGUUACUAAACCAACAUAUAAUGCAGGUUCGUUCCGUCAUUGACCAUCACCACUGCAUAAUAUAUUGGUGGAUACGCAGCUUUCUGAGAAAAUUGGAUGAUAAUAGAGCCUAUUUCAUUAUUCUAAUAUUAUAAAAUAAAAGUGUGCUUUGAUUUUGCUGAUUUUAAAAUUCAUUUAUUCCAUCGUGUUGUUGAGGGGAAAUAGCUUUCAUGAAUUAGAGAUGUCCAUCCAUUGUCUUGUUUAUAUUUGGAUAAUUUGAUUCUGCAUUUCCCAGAUUAUAGUUUUUAUUGAUAUAUCUAUCUGUCUUUGUUUGCUUCUGUUUUGGACUGUCGGUAGUUUAUUCAUACUCAAUAAUAUCUCUAAUUCUUUACCGGCCAGAUUUGAGAGUUGACUGUCAGUAGCACUAUAAAAUCAUUUUUAAAUGAAGACCGUAAGAUUAAUCUUAUAUCACUCUAAUUUCAAUGUUGUUCUGUGUCGCUUCAAGUUUUUAAUAAACAUAAUAACCAAUGGUGUUACAUUAUUAUUAUUAACUCAUUCUCACAUUAUACUUCUGUUAGAAAAUUUCGGGCCGUUCCUGUAAUUAAAUUUCAUUGUUGCAGUUGGAGAUCGUAAUAUAUAUAUAAAUAUAAGACUAUAUUAUUGCUUCUCUAUUUCAAUCAAAAAAACAAAAAUUUCUUUUUGCUCUGGUUAAAUGUCAAAGUUAGGGGAAUUAUCUUCAGUCUGUUAUUGUGUUGAUUAAUGUCCUGUUGUAGAUCGCCAUCAUUUAAACCAUUUAUGUGUAUUAUGCGCAUUUUCUGUUUGUCAUUACAUUCAAGCCAUUAAGUUGUCUUCAUUUAGCUGAUUUGCAAAUAGACUUGUUUUCAACAAAAUAUGUUAAAUAUUAUUUUUAUUCUACCCGUUUCCAAAAAAUAUAAGUAUUGAAAGAAAUUUAAUGCAAGUUGCAGCUCUAAAAACUUAUCAUUGGCAUCUUUUUUGCUGCUUACCAUAUUUACAUGAAUCACGCUAAUGUAAUUUUGACAUCCUGAUGAAAAAAUGGAUAAAAUUUGAGCUUUCGGGCUUGUAAAGGAUACGAUUUUGAGCUGACUUUUGUUGACAUUUGCCAUUACUUGAAAAUUUGAUGAUAAUCUUCGAUUAAUAGUCUGGGGUUUGCAUCGAAGCUACUAUUGGUGAUGAAAUUUUAUGCGGAGUUUCUGGAAGUCUUUAUUUUCCUGAUAUGUGUGCGAUGUGACGAUCUAUCUUCGAUGAUCUAUUUAUUUCUUGUUAUGUGUAUUUGUAAUGGACAUGUGAAACUGUAUAUUUAUAACUUUCAUUCCGAUUCUACUUGCUAACAGUCCACAUUUUUGCCAGAAUAUCAUUUUGCCAAGGCACGCUGUUGGUAAAUUGAGCCUUCAUCGCUAAUAUACUAACAGCUCAUGCCACAGCAUUGAUAUUAGAUGGCUGACUGGCUCGCAAUUUAAUGUGCUAUUCACCUUCAUUAAGCUCAAAUCGAGAGCAUUAGUAUUUUCAUCUGAGUGAAUAAUAUAGCCGUGAUUAUUCUUUGAGUUAACAAUAUAUUAGUAAAUGAAGAUUUUGAGUUGGAAUUAGCGAUUGUCAAAAGUAUAUUGAUAUUGUAAUAAAAAUGUACAUAAUAAUGUUAUUCUAAUUCGUAUUCGAAUAAACUGAUGUGUCCUAUAAAA